CACUUUCAGACCAUGCUGAAGUCUAAACUGAAUGUCCUAACACUGAAAAAGGAACCUCUCCCAGCGGUCAUUUUCCACGAGCCGGAGGCCAUCGAGCUGUGUACUACCACACCGCUGAUGAAGACGAGGACUCACGGCGGCUGCAAGGUUACAUAUCUGGGAAAAGUCUCCACCACAGGCAUGCAAUUUUUUUCAGGCUGCACAGAAAAGCCAGUCAUCGAGCUCUGGAAGAAGCACACACUAGCUCGAGAAGACAUCUUCCCAGCCAAUGCCCUCCUGGAAAUCCGACCAUUCCAAGUGUGGCUUCAUCACCUUGACCACAAAGGGGAGGCUACAGUCCACAUGGAUACCUUUCAAGUGGCACGCAUUGCCUACUGCACCGCUGACCACAACGUGAGCCCCAACAUCUUUGCCUGGGUUUACAGGGAGAUCAAUGAUGACCUGUCCUACCAGAUGGACUGCCAUGCUGUGGAGUGUGAGAGCAAGCUCGAGGCCAAGAAGCUGGCCCAUGCCAUGAUGGAGGCCUUCAAGAAGACUUUCCACAGUAUGAAGAGCGAUGGACGGAUCCACAGGAACAGCUCGUCUGAAGAAGUUUCCCAGGAAUUGGAAUCUGACGACGGCUGAAUGAACUUGAGGUGCUUUAGCAAAGGCAGCAUUGGUCACGGAGUUCAAGAGGAUAGAUGAGUAAGCAACGAUUCAAAUUUGGGAUGACAAGACUGCCAAACUAUUGGCUGACCAAGCUUUUUAAAUUCAGAAGAGCAAUUCUAAAUCUAAAGAAAUGUAUCAUUAAAAUAAUUACAUUAUGUUGAAAUCUGCUGCUGCUGUGACUGUGAGGAGGGUGGUAGUGUGGAUGGGGAGGAAGGUUCUAGAGUUUCUUCUUAUUUUCUUUUCUCAUUUCCCAAUGCCUCCAUAUGGGCAAUCUUCAUGCCAAUUUUCACCACUCUCAGGCAAAUACUCUGUGGCUGUCAUUUGAUGGAACAUUCUAGUCUGCCUUAUGAAAUCCAACAGAAGUGUUAGCAGCACCUCUAGGAUCCCCAGUGGGGGUGAGUGGCAGCGGGUGUGGAGUCUGUAGGGUUGAAGGGACUCCUCUGGAUGGUCCUGAGAGCUCCUCUCCCUCAGCAAGUUUCAGAUUCUCUCCUCAGUAUGUGAAUCAGCACAGCCUUUUUUGAGCUUUACAACUAACAACCUGAUAGUUGGCAGUUAAUUCAGUUAAACAUAAUGCUUUUAUUUACAUAAGUAUAUCAUAGCACCCUCUUAUUGUAUUCACUCAUCUAUUUUCUUAGAGUACCUGCAAUUACUAAUAACCCCUUCCCUCCUCCUGCCCCAUCCGUCCACUUUCUCCUCCCAAUGUCCCUUCAGGGCUGGAUUCUCAACAUACACUGCAGGACACCAAAAGGGAAGAAAAAUAACCAAGCAGAUGAAACAAUCAAAUAAACAAAUUGGAAGUUCAAAACUACCACCACAACAAUGAAAACCCUGGGAAACGGGAUUUGGUAAUCUUAAGUAGGCAAACUCUUGGUAGGCUGUCCUUUUCCUCAACCCUGAUUUAUGGUAAUUUAUUUAGUUCCUGGUCCUGUCUGAUGAAUCCUCCUUGGCAAGCUUCAAAUCUGAUUUGGCAUCAUCAAGAAAGCCUUGCCCCCUAUUCAACAUUGCACUCAAAUAGAGAAUGAGUGAGAUGGCUUGUCUAGACAAGUUAUAUCCAUCUUAACCUAAAGGGAAAUCUCUUUUUAUCUUAAAAUUGAUGAUUUCUUCUGGUCAGAAUUGCCCAUGUAUUCAUUAUUUCUAAUGAGAAGUUCUCACUAAGUGAGCCUGAGAUUUCUCAGUUUUGUGGAUCUUUAAAUAUCAUAAAUGUAAAGAGUCAACAUUGAAUGAAAUUGAAAGGCGUCAUUAAAAUACAUGCAUUUGAGACCAAGAGCAGAUGGCUGGUUUUCCAGGUAAAGCUUCUUCUUUAUUAUAAAGUCUGUUCUUAAUCCUUGUGGUAUGUAGGGGCACUGUGGCACCUUAGAAGCCUUAAAUGAGAGCUAAUCCAAUACAGAGACGAUGGUGUCGGCAUUUUGGUCUGUGUAUCUGUGUGUCUGUGUAUGAGUUUGUGUGUGUGUACGUGUGCCCCUUUGUGUGGGUCCAGUUUUCAGGCAUGUAGAAUAAGCAUGGGAUCAUAUUGAAGAGGAUGUGCCUCUCGAAGAUAUGCUUGUUGCUUUACGGCGUAUGUAAACUAUUCUUUAGCAUAAAUGCAUUCAUUCUUUAAUAAAAAUAUGUUUGCAUUAAUAAAACUGAGGAGUUUCAUACUUUACGUGUCUUUCCUUUUUAAAGCAAUGAAGCCUUGAAGAGCAAGAUACAUCAAACUGAGGAAAAAGGACCAUUCUGUUUAAAGAUGAUUUUAAACUUGAUCGUAAAUAACCCACUCCUUGUGUUUAAGAAUCUUGUUUUAUUUUUCUCAGUGCUCAAUUUGUUUUUAAUUACCGCCUGCCCCUGACUCAGAUGGUGAGAUAGAUGUUCAGUAGUUGAAAUAGUUAUUUAGUGUGGGGUGUGUGUUUUAGAGGAGAGUCUUCCAAAACAUUUCACAAAUGAUUGCCCUUUAUAAAUUCUCCAGUAUGUUUUUGGAGAACCCACACUGAAAUCCUAGAAGUAAACACUGAAUGAUUUCUUCUGACAGGACUGGUUAAAAAUGCCUUCUCUAGGCCAUCAUUUCUCAGAACAGCCCCAUGAAUCAAGCAGUGUCGGUGGCCAUGGAGCCCAUGUAUUUUGAGCAAUGCCCUUCAUGGGAUCAGUAACAAAUAGAAAGUCUUCUAAAGUGAAAAUAUGGGUGACC